AUGACAUCUGCUGGGACAUCCCAACCCAGCAAGUCUGUGAACAAAACCUUUCUCAUUGUUGAGCUGAAAGAAACUUGUAAAGAGUUGGACAACAGGAAGAUGAAGCUUGAACAGCUCAUUCAAAGUCUUGAGCAGUCUGCAGAGGAUGAUCAUGCUGGUGGAAGUGAUGGUGACAAUAUGGAUGAAGACAAAAAUGCUGAUAGUGGUGAUGAGGAAGAGGCUGAGGAUGGUGAAGACACUGAAGAUGCUGGGAAAAGUGAUGCUGAUGAAGAGAAUAGUGUCUCUGGUGAUGAAGAGGUUAGUGGCUCUAGUGAUGAAGAGACUGAUGGUUCUGACAAUUAG